AUGAGCUCAACCGUCUCGCAAGGUGUACUCUCCACAAUUGACCCCGGCUUCAACGGCAGAUUCCGAGCUCACAUGAGCACUCUUGGACAAAAGAUAUCAUUUCAGAAUGAGGAGAGUAAACAACAAACUGAAGCAGCGCUUAAAGCUUUCAUCGAAGGAGAAUACAGAACUUGGCCUGAGGAGAAGAAGGAAAGAUUUAUCGCAGAAAUGGCAGAACGUAAUCGGCUUUCAGAGGUGUCCGACACGACUAACGCAUCCGACAACGGCACUUCUGCUGAGAAUGCGACCGGUGCUUCGAAGGACAUGUCGCUGCCUGAAAAUCAAGUUUACGUACGAUAUGACGAAGAGGGUUUAGAGUAUUGGCCGACCAGGGCGUUGAAUGAGAUGGCCUGGCAGGUUGAAGAGCAUACAGGCAGGACAGCUUCUGUUGCCGCUGCUAUCACAGCGGCUGCAAUCUUCACGGCUGUCUCAAGGGACCUGGCCAGCCAGGAACCUUGA